GCACCGGCGGCUGCGCCUGCGCGGAGCCGAGCGCGCUCUGCGGCUCGGUCCGCGGUGAAGGCGGUGCGAACAGCGAGCGAGGGGGCGGCGGAUGGCUCUGCGGGGCCUGGCAGGCUCGGGGCCCAGCUCCCGCGGGCCAUUAGAGGAGGCGGUGGCACCGGCUGAGGAGCGCGAGACGCCGGCCAUGGUGGCGGCAGGAGCCGCGCGGGAGGACGAUGACGAGGACGACGGCCGCGGCCGGGGCCUGCUGCGCUGGGACGGCUUCUCUGCCUGGCUGCACUGCGUGUGUGUAGUGGGCUUCGACCUGGAGCUGGGCCAAGCCGUGGAGGUAAUUUAUCCUCAACAUUCCAAACUUACUGAUAAAGAAAAAACCAAUAUUUGCUAUUUGUCUUUUCCAGAUUCAAAUUCAGGUUGUCUUGGAGAUACCCAGUUUUGUUUUAGAUUUCGACAGUCUUCUGGGAGGAGGGUGUCACUGCAUUGUCUCCUCGAUCAAUUUGACAAAGAUUUACCAGUUUACUUAAAGAAAGAUCCUGCUUAUUUUUAUGGAUAUGUGUAUUUCCGACAAAUUCGAGACAAAUCUCUAAAAAGAGGCUACUUUCAGAAGUCUUUGGUUUUGAUCAGCAAACUACCUUAUAUUCAUUUUUUUCACACUGUACUCAAACAGAUAGCACCAGAGUAUUUUGAAAAGAGCGAACCUUAUCUGGAAGCAGCUUGUAAUGAUGUUGAUCGAUGGCCUGCCCCAGUGCCAGGGAAAACAUUAUACCUGCCUAUUACUGGGGUGGUAAUGAAGGUACGAAUUCCCACAUGUCAUGAUAAGCCUGGGACAACUCAAAUAGCGCAGUUAACUCAGCAGGCGGACACACAUAUAUCUGUUAUUUUACCUACUGUUCAUGAGGUGGAUCUUUUCAGGUGUUUCUGCCCAGUUUUCUUCCACAGUCAGAUGCUUUGGGAGCUGGUGUUGUUGGGGGAGCCCCUUGUCGUUAUGGCACCAUCACCAUCGGAGUCUUCAGAGACUGUAUUGGCACUUGUUAACUGUAUUUCUCCACUGAAGUACUUCAGUGAUUUCCGACCUUAUUUCACUAUUCAUGAUAGUGAAUUCAAAGAAUAUACUACACGUACUCAAGCCCCGCCCUCAGUCAUAUUAGGAGUAACCAACCCAUUUUUUGCAAAAACACUUCAGCACUGGCCACACAUUAUUCGAAUAGGAGACCUUAAACCAGCAGGUGAAAUUCCUAAGCAGGUUAAAGUGAAAAAAUUGAAGAAUCUAAAGACUCUGGAUUCUAAACCCGGAGUUUAUACUUCUUAUAAGCCAUAUCUAAGUAGAGAUGAUGAGAUCAUAAAACAAUUGCAGAAGGGUGUACAACAGAAACGUCCUUCUGAGGCUCAAAGCGUUAUUCUUCGACGCUAUUUCUUGGAACUGACACAGAGCUUUAUCAUUCCAUUAGAAAGAUACGUGGCAAGCUUGAUGCCUUUGCAAAAAAGUAUUUCUCCAUGGAAGAGUCCACCCCAAUUAAGACAGUUCAUUCCAGAAGAAUUUAUGAAAACACUUGAGAAAGCAGGACCUCAGUUGACCUCUAGAAUAAAAGGCGAUUGGAUUGGACUUUACCGGCAUUUUCUAAAAUCCCCAAAUUUUGAUGGUUGGUUCAAGACCCGGCGGAAGGAAAUGACCCAGAAAUUGGAGGCACUCCACCUAGAAGCUCUUUGUGAAGAGGAUUUACUUCUCUGGACCCAGAAGCACACAGAAGUAGAAACAGUAGACCUUGUAUUGAAGCUAAAAAAUAAGCUGUUGCAGGCUGAUCGAGAGCAUUUACCUGUGAAGCCCGACACUGUGGGAAAGUUACGGACACACAUAGAUGCCAUCAUCUCAGCAUUGCCUGAGGACCUACAAGGCAUACUGCUCAAAACGGGCAUGACAUGAUGUUUGCCAGGAUUUUCCAGCCAAAAAGGACUGCACCAUGAAGCAUACUGACAUUUCAACCAGACGCACAAAGGAGAUCUCCUGGAGUGAAAACAGCUGUAAAUGCUAGCUACAGGGUGGAAAGACUAUACCGUGUAAACAGACUUUUUUAGUGCAUUAUUUUUAAAAAUGGGUAUCUGUGGUGGUUCCACUUUAAUACUGAAACACCAAAAGGCAUUUCUAUAUUUUUAAUCAUGUUCUAAAGUGCUCUUAUGAGAGACCUGUGGGGCCAUCAGUAUAAGUGAUUCCAAACUGCAAUGCUGGCAUUGCAGAUAUUUUUUUAAAUUGGUGCUGUUUUGCCCAAUCAUGUUAAAACUCAGGGGGAUAUAAAAAUAACAUUCACACUGGCUAUCUUCUUAAGAAGGAAAAGACUGAACUGACUAUAGUUAGAAGUAAUUAAUGCUUUUUGUAGUGCCUUCUGUUGUCCUACAUGUUUCACAAAACCCAGCUGCUAGUCUUGAAGCUUUUUCUUGGUUAUGAUACAUAAUUAUAUAAGGCAUUCUUUUGCAUAAUCAUUGCUUAAAAAUAGUAUGUUUCUUUCCUCCCAUCAUGUUUAUUACUAGUGGCAUGGUAUUUUUUUUCCAGUUGUCAUACAUUUCAUUAUUUUCUGUACCAUUUUCAAAUUUAAUCUUACCAGUUUCUCCAAAGGCAAGAAGGUAUCUAGUAUUAAUUAUGGAAGAGUUAAUUUCCUCUUACUCUUUACUAAUUGGGCCUGUUUAAGUUAAUAAUCUUGGAUAUCUUUCAAAGACAUUCUAAUUAUAAAACUCAUAAUCGGCUAUUGUUUAAACUGAACUAUUUUUAAAGGCCCAUAAACUUUUUAUGUGAUACUCAUUUGAGUGAUUAUCAGAGUGAUUUUCAGCAUUAUUUGUUUGGUAGGGUUUUUUGCCCCCAAAUUAGUAUUUCUCAGAACACUUUCCCUACUGUUGUUUGACGUGGGAACUUUUGCCUGAAUCACUGUUACAGCUAGUUUUUUGUUGUUUUUGUUUGUUUAUUUUGUUUAUACUACCUUGCCAAAAAAUAGAAGAUUGUGGUUUGGUUUACUCUACCAAAGUUGUUUGGUUUGUGUUUAAGUAGGAGUGUCCUGCAGAAGCCACUAUUUAAAAUAGGCACACAUGACAUAGCACAUAUGUAAAUAGCUGUGUCUUAAAUUACCGUCUAAGUAACCAAAUUUAGUUGUAUGUAUUUGUAAAAGAAAUGGCUUCAGAAGCUAUCUCUUCUUUUCUGUUAGUAUAACUCUUAAGAGCACUCCUGACCCAAGAAAGACUCCUUGUGUUUGUAACUGUGGUCUUAUACCUAAAUGUGCCCUUUUCUCACGGAUAGUCUCUUGAAGCAUACCUCAAAGUCAUAGAGAGAAUAUGGCAUUUGAAUGAAAUCAUUUGCCACAGAUCGUAUGAGUUAUUUUGUGAAACAACAGUUGUCCUUGUGGAAAAGAGGCAACUACUUUUAUAUGCUAAAGUAUUUCAUAUCUUUUUGGGAAACCUUAUUUAGGUAUAAAUGGUCAUCUUAUUUUCAAAAAGGUGUAUUUUAAUAAUCUUACAGUUUAUAUGCAGUUUGUGACCAGAAUUUGAAAGUUGUUAGUGUCACGUCAAAGAUCUUUUAAAUUAUACCACUACGGGAUGUAUCAUUUCAAGUUUAUUUUGCACAGCUAAAGAGUAGCAGAGGGUGCCAAUUAGCAUAAUGUAUCUUCAUAUUUACUGUAUUUAACUAAAACCUAACAGGUAUUGAAAACCCUAUCAUGCUUAUGUGGUUUAUCUAUGAAUUUCAAAUUAUGUAGUUGAAAAAAUAACUUAAAAUUACAGUGGGAACCUGAGAAAGACUGAUUGGUAACUUGAUUUUCAGAGUUGUCCUUUUUUUUUUUUUUUUGGUGAGGAGACAUUGUUAAGAUCUAAAACCUGCCAUUUGUAGUCUAUCUCCACCAGCAUCAGAAGGAAUCACUGCUUUCAGGGUAUUAUGUAAUGCCUAGUGCCUUCUGUUUUCAACGAAAUAGAGAUUUUGUGAAGGCAUUUAUGGUCAUUACCAAAAACCGAAUUAAAAGGCCUUUGAUUUUAAAGCACUUGAAUAUGUUGUGUUAUUUCUGAGUAAGGUUGGAAUGCUUGAAAAUAUGCACAGUAAAUGACACUUGUGCAUUAUGGGAUUCCUUUUACUUCCUAAAUUAUGUUUUAAAAUUCAAAUGAAAACCUGUUCACUAUGAACAGGUGUAGUCCAGUUUAUUAAUAACAGACCGAUCAACUAAGUGAUUUCAUAUUCUUCCUAGCAAUGUACCAAUGAAAAUAAUUUAACUUAAUAAUUUAGGUAUUCUUAGAUUCUCCUUUGUUUGCUACCUUUUCUAUUUUAACCUUAAAUCUCAAAUUACUUUUAUUUCUUCCUCUUACUUUCUAAAAGUAGCAAGUAUAUGCCGCUGUUCUUUGGAUUUUAAUUUAUUUAUUAAUAAU